AUGGGUGACCUGGUACUCAUGUGGAAAAUCAACACGUGCUAUGCUUUACCUGGUCAGAGUCAAGUGGAGAGAGCAGUUGGAGUCGUCACUGGACCCUCUUGCGGGGCACUUGCCAAGCCGGUAAAGCCCCCUGUCUGUAAGGACUGGUGUCCCUUCUCCUUAGAGACUGAAGCAACAGCCAAGGGCCAGCAAGGCCUGCAGCGGGACAAGGUUUUCAACACGUACUCCAAUGAGGACUAUGACAGGAGAAAUGAUGACGUUGACCCUGUGGCUGCAUCUGCUGAGUACGAACUUGAAAAGCGAGUAGAAAAGCUGGAGCUUUUCCCAGUGGAACUGGAGAAAGAUGAGGAUGGGCUUGGCAUAAGCAUUAUUGGAAUGGGUGUUGGUGCUGAUGCUGGACUGGAGAAGCUGGGGAUAUUCGUCAAGACAGUGACUGAAGGAGGUGCUGCUCAGCGGGAUGGCAGGAUCCAAGUCAAUGACCAGAUUGUGGAAGUGGAUGGCAUCAGCCUGGUGGGGGUCACACAGAAUUUUGCUGCAACUGUUCUGCGGAACACCAAGGGCAAUGUCAGGUUUGUUAUUGGACGAGAAAAACCAGGACAAGUGAGUGAGGUUGCCCAGCUGAUCAGCCAGACCCUGGAACAAGAGAGGAGACAGAGGGAGCUGCUCGAACGCCACUACGCCCAGUAUGAUGCUGACGACGAUGAGAACACUGUGGCUGAAUUGCAAGGAGUGUCUGGCAACUGCAAUAACAAUAACAACCGUUUCCUUAAGACUGGAGAAUAUGCCACUGAUGAAGAAGAGGAUGAGGUUGGACCCAUUCUUCCUGGUGGUGACAUGGCCAUUGAAGUCUUCGAGCUCCCUGAGAACGAGGACAUGUUUUCCCCAUCUGACUUGGAUACAAGCAAGCUCAGUCACAAGUUCAAAGAGUUGCAAAUCAAACAUGCAGUUACAGAAGCAGAGAUUCAAAAAUUGAAGACCAAGCUGCAAGCAGCAGAGAAUGAGAAAGUAAGGUGGGAGCUGGAAAAGAACCAACUGCAGCAGAAUAUCGAGGAGAAUAAAGAAAGGAUGGUGAAGCUGGAGAGCUACUGGAUCGAGGCGCAGACGUUAUGUCACACCGUGAACGAGCAUCUCAAAGAGACCCAAAGCCAGUAUCAGGCCUUGGAAAAGAAGUACAACAAAGCCAAGAAGUUGAUCAAGGAUUUUCAGCAAAAAGAGCUCGAUUUCAUCAGGAGACAGGAAGUAGAAAGAAAGAAGCUGGAGGAGGUGGAAAAAGCUCACCUUGUUGAAGUCCAAGGCCUGCAAGUUCGGAUUAGAGAUUUGGAGGCUGAGGUGUUCAGGCUACUAAAGCAAAAUGGGACCCAAGUUAACAACAACAACAACAUCUUUGAGAGAAGACCAUCUCCUGGGGAAGUCUCAAAAGGAGACACUAUGGAGAAUGUGGAAGUCAAGCAAACAUCCUGUCAGGACGGCUUGAGCCAAGACUUGAAUGAAGCAGUCCCAGAGACAGAGCGCCUGGAUUCGAAAGCGCUGAAAACUCGGGCCCAGCUGUCUGUGAAGAACAGGCGCCAGAGGCCCACAAGGACUCGGCUCUAUGACAGCGUCAGCUCCACGGAUGGGGAGGACAGCCUGGAGCGGAAGGUGAGCCCUCAAUGGCUACACUAUAACCACACACAUGUCACCAAAUCGCUUCUGCCCAAGGGUUGGAGAGUUUCUUCUCCAGAACCAGAGUGUGGUGUCGCACCCCUCACCCCUGUGACGAGCCCUAGGGCCUUCUCAUCCCACCACGUGACUGAGUCUCCAGGAGGAUCACAGCAGCCAGAAAGGGACCCUUUCUCCUCUGUCUCGGGAGACACUUCACCCUCCUUGCCUUCAACAUCUGAUCAUGAUACAGAAGACUCUCCUUGCCGCCACCAAGCCAUCGAGAAAACAUUACAAGAGAAAGACGAUGCCAAUUGUCCUAAAUCACUAAGAACAUCCAGUUCAUUCGUGGUACAAAGAGGAAAAAUUAAGCAAAAGUUUGCAGAUCUGGGGGCGCCUUUGCGAAGGAAUCCCAGCAAGGGGAAGAAAUGGAAAGAAAAAGAAGUCAGUAGGUUUUCUGCAGGUAGCAGAAUCUUCAGAAGCAAGUUGGAGAACUGGAAAGCCAGGCCAGCCUCUGCAGCUCAGGCCUCCUCCUCCUCUCCUUGCAUGCCUUUCUCAUGGUUUAAUGAAAGUCGGAAAGGAUCCUAUUCCUUCAGGAACCUGCCUUCAGCUCCAAAUCCCCUCCUGCCUUCUCCUGAGACUCAAAUUUCAGAUAAAACAGGGUCCAAGAAUUUCACCUUCAAUGAUGACUUCAGUCCAAGCAGUACCAGUUCAGCAGACCUGAGCGGCUUAGGAGCAGAACCCAAAACGCCAGGGCUCUCCCAGUCCUUGGCACUGUCCUCAGAUGAGAUCCUUGACGAUGGACAGUCUCCCAAACACACUCAGAGUCAGAGCCGGGCCGUGCACGAGUGGAGUGUGCAGCAGGUUUCACACUGGUUAGUGGGCCUCAGUCUGGACCAGUAUGUGUCUGAAUUCAGUGCCCAGAACAUCAGUGGUGAGCAGCUCCUGCAGCUGGAUGGCAAUAAACUGAAGGCUCUUGGAAUGACAUCAUCCCAGGACCGGGCACUGGUUAAAAAAAAACUGAAGGAAAUGAAGAUGUCUCUCGAGAAGGCUCGCAAGGCCCAGGAGAAAAUGGAAAAACAAAGAGAAAAGCUGAGGAGGAAGGAACAAGAGCAAAUGCAGAGGAAGUCUAAAAAGUCGGAAAAGAUGACCUCCACAACCGAGCAACCGUGAGCAGUAAGGUCUCGUCUCCUCCAGUAGGUGGGAAAGCUUGAGAGAAGUCCCGCCCCUUCUGCCCCCACUCCUGCAGAGGAUGAAGAAGAAACUGAUGGGGAUACACCACUGUAGGCGGUUAAAGAACUGUGUGUUGAAUGUACUCUUGAUUUUAACCUAAAAUAACCCCUCGCCGCCGCCUUCGGUUCAUUGACUAACCAGAGUGUCAUUUUUAUCUUCUACUUACCAAUAUCCCAUGUUGUGCUAAGUGUGCGGUGCCCCUUAGAGGACCAGCCUGACCCAGCCAAUGAGAGCAGGACUCUGGUGCUGCGAGUGGAGUACCCAGAAUUCUCAGUGAGAGCCCCUGAAACUGAGGUAGUAGCUUGUGACUGUUGGUGUGCAGAGGAUCCCUGCCUUGAGAUGGGGAAGCGCCCCUCCAUUCUGACAGUAGAGCAAGUCAGUUCCGUGGUGGGGAUGUGGGUGCCCAGCACGGAAUCGCCAACUGAGGGAAGGAGCGAGCACGUGUGCUAUCCCACUCGCUGGGAAUCAGAACGAGGCGGGAAAUAGUAGCUAUUUAUUAACUGUAGAAGAGCUGAAAAGCCUUAAGCACACAGAUGUCGGUGUACUUCGGGGCUUGGAGGAUAACGUUUUCCUCCAGGUAUUGUUGAACAAAGAAGAAAAAAAUGUCAGAGUGUAGUGCAACCGUGGAUGUUGGGAUCUGCUACUUUGUUUGCCAGUGCCGCGAGCCCAGUGUUUGAGCCGCACCGACAAACACAGCACAGCUCCUUCCCCGGGAACAAAUUGAACAGGAAAUUGAUUUUUAAGGAAACCAACAUCUUCAGGUUUCCUCUCCUGGGACAUUCUGGCUGGCCUUCAACCUGCCCGUGACAAAAUCGUGAACUUGUCACAUAUUUUCUACUCAGAAUUUCUCAAGUGGGCUCAGUUAGUGUUUUAACAGAUGUCCUUUCAAGGACUUAAACCUAGAGAUACUGGUUAGAGAUUAAGAUUUGAGUAACAGUCAACUAGAGAACUUUUUUCUUUUUUUUUCUUUAAUGCAUACAUAAUUCUUUCCUGUGAAGGACAGCCAUCAUUUACAUUAUACAGGCAUUUGGAAUGACUCCCUAAGCCAUUCUCUUGCGUAUUCUAGAGAGUUCGAGAUUUGUUUAAAACAGUACAUGGGACAGAUUUUCACAGUGUAAGAGCUGGUAUUACUUGAAUACUUGGUAUUAAGGAUUUCAGUGUUUCACCAACCUGAGUUGAGUGCAGGAGACUGGGGGAGGAGGAGAACAGAAAGUCUUCAGACAUUUCACACCCUCAGGGGUUUUUUGUUUGUUUGCUUGUUUGCUUGCCUUUAGUUUUGCUUUUUCUUUUCUUCUGAAUCUAACUCUCAUUACUGCAUUAACUAAAACACUGGCAUCAUCUACUUUACGGUGGGCAGAUUUCAAAGUAGAGCUGGAGGCCAGAUGAAUCCUUGGACUUCAGGGUAUUUACUUCCUUUGCCCCAAAAGGCCCAUGCGCUGCCCACUGGCCUGUGCACAUCUCCUCUGGGUGCACAGGUACGCAGGGCCUGCAUCAGGCGCUGGAGUUAUGACAAGAAUCUGCUAGGAUAGAGGUCAGCUGCCUGUGUGGCCUCACUUUGUAUUUUAACAUUGUGACUUUUCAUUUUUAUUGUUAUUACUAUUUUUGUAACAUGAAUUUUGAGAUUAUCAGAACUAGAAACUUAAUCCUGUUCUUUCUCCCAGAGCCUGCUUCCUUUUCUGACCCAGCACACUUCUGUUAAGUUCUGGUCCUUCUGGUACAGAUCCCCUUCAGUUUGAAACAUGAUAUGAGAGUCGCUCUGUGCUCUGCGCAAACCAGACCUGCCUCAUGGUUCUCUCGUGGAGCAGGGUACUGGGUGGCUGUUUAUAUCUUCAGAUGCCUGAUGCUUUGCCUAUAAGAGACAUAUUACUAAACUACACAGUCAGUAAAUCUUUCCUAAUGCCAGAAGACGAAGGGAAAAUCUGGCAAUACUAAUACUUGCUAUUGUACAUUUUGCCAUUUUUCUUUUCUUUGGGGGAAAAAAAGCUGGAUUGCACUGGAAGCUUCUCUGUGUUCAUUUUCCAGAGUGAAAACAGAAGGGUGAUCAUUUUAAGUUGUGUUUACACUUUGAUGAUAGUUGAAAAUGAAUGUAUAUAUUGAAAAUGUCUGUAAGUCUGCCUCUGCCUGUAACUUAUGACCUCUUAUAUUGCAUUUCUUAAAUACAGUGUUCUUACUGUAACUUUAUUAACACUCCGUGCUUGGAUCAGCGUUCACCUAACAGCUACAAAUCAAAUUAAUAUUUCUUACAUCAUUUAGUUUAUAGUUCAGUCAUUUUGAUUUUUAAGUUAAAUUAUUACAAUCUUAGACCAAAAUGAAUUCUUUUAACAUUGCUAUUUAAAACUAUUAGGAUUAUAAAAGGCUCUUGAUUGCUUUGUUGGGCAAAGGUUAGAAGGUUGAUCCAGUGUGGAAACAAAGUGGAGGACCUCAGACCUUGUAAGCAUUUUGAUUUCUUGUUAGCUCCUUUAUUUGACUGUGGUGCAUGAUAAUAAUUGAGUUUCCAAAGUCUUGCACAAUUCUUUCUUUAAUGCUGUAGUUUUCAGGGUUUAUACAGUUUAACAGAGAAUUGUUGUUGCUUCGUGGACGUUAAGGGUUUUGGACAGUUGUUCAACAAAUGAACCAAAGGGGUUGUCUGCAUAUUGUGAACGAUACUCUAGUGAAAGCUAGUGGGUCCCCACCAGAAACCAAAAGUGUCUGGGGUACAGGUUAUGUUCCAGAGUGGGGUACAUAGUGAGGCCCUGCCACAGUUGGAGAGCAUUGUAGUAGUAGUAACUGGGUCAGGGUUCCACUAAAGAACUUUGAACGGGAUUUCCGUGGUUAAGAUCAUCUCCUUUAAAGUAACUUAUCCUUAUGUAAUCAUUUCUUUCUCCUCCCCAGCAUCAGCAGGGUCCUGAUAGUGCAGAAAGCAUGCCCUAUCCACUUUACUACUCCACCGAAGGCUGUCAUUGCUGUCAUAACAGCCACGCUCUUCUGAAGCCAUCUGUCAUCCUUUUGCUGGGGUUGAGAUGGACUUCCCACGCCCCACCUCACGUAGACUUUUAAAGCACCACAGUAGUUUAUAUUACAUUAUGAAAGGAGCUAAUGCCAGACUCUGCUUGCAAGAGGCCUACCAUGGUACCACCUAUCUUGUGUUCCUUUAUUUUAGGAAGCAAAGUAGCAGAGGGGCAAGCACUCUCACUCAGCUACCAUUCGUGCUGGACAGUGUUUGCCCUGAGAUCUUAAAUACCCUGAACCUAAGCUGUAAGAGUGUCCGAGUCAGAGUUAGCACCUGGGCUUCUGCAUUGUGCUGACGAGGAAGAAUUCCCUUUUAGGAUCUUUGCUCGCUAGGAUUAACUUGUACCUGAAAAUUAUAUAAGAAGAAAAUGAUUGCAUUUAUACAGCCAUUCUAAGUCAUUUAUAAGCAUGAGAGUUUAGAUAAAUUUGAGGAGGACCAUCAACAUUUAACAAGGGUAUUGAAGAAGAUUCCGGAGUUUGGAGGGCAAAUGUUUCUAAAAGAAACUUGUGUACACUGGAUGCAAAUUGCCCUUUCAUAAACUGGGAUAGCAAAGAAUUACCAAAUUCCAUUUGAGUAGCUAAAGCCUCUUCUCACAGAGCUGGCAAUGAGGAGCAUCUCACUUUGGGGGACAGGAACUAGGAAGGUUCAUGUCACUCGCUUCAGUGCUAUGACCCUAGUGAUCCCUGGUGGGAAAGGUAAUUAGGAGAGGAUGGGGCUACUUCUCAUCUUUUCUUAAUUGCUUUGAGUCGGGGCUCCGUCUGUGUCUAGUUCUGAAGCAGAGCUUAUAGAGGUGAGGUCAAAACAGUUCUCGUUUCCAAAGGACAAGGGGGACUUGUGGGGGGUAGUCUCAAGACAGCAUUACAGGAGGUCCAUUUCACCAUUCAGUCCUGAGAGCCAUACUGAAUGUACUGACUGAUUUUAAUAGUCUUUGCCUCGAAUAGUUAAAGUCCUGUGAAAUUUAGCCUUGAUCAAAAUACUGGGGACGGAGUGGGGGAUAACACCAAAGAAAACACAUAUCAAUACCUUGAAUAGUAACAGAAGAAGCUGGAGUGACCGGUUAGAGGAAAAGAAAAAAUGCCCGCACAGUAAACCACCCGCUGGAGAGUAACACAAGCUCCUUACACCAAAACACGGUGUCUUCUGGAAGGUUGGUCACUUAAAACUCUCAUCUGUUAGCACCCGGAUCCUCAGAGUAGGGGGCAGAAGAACAAGGUCUAUGCUUCCCUGACCCUACACACGCCCCACCCCCUACCCCACCCCCAGACCAUUAGGGAUCCAGUGAUAUGCAAGACAAUGUACAAGCAGUAAGAGAAGAAGCCACAAAUUCUCAGUUAUGUGCAUGCCACUUGUGUAGGUGUCAGAGCCUUGUGUGUGAAUAUAUCCCCCACCUGACACACACAUGUGUACCUUAAGCACAUGGCACAAAUAUAUACUCUCCAUGGACUACAGUGGUGUUAGUUAGGACCCUGAGCUGUAAUCAUAGCAUCAUUACUACUUUUUGUGUUGUGUAUACAUUGAAUGGCUCAUAGAUUUUAAGAGUUUUUUUUUUUUAAUGUAAGCAUCCUACUAAAUGCACUUAUGCUUCUAAAUGUUUGUAUAUUUUGGUAAAAUGGAUUUAUUAGAUCCCUUGGUAUUGUAUUUUAGUACAGUAAAAUUUCCUCAGCUGUUUGAUUAAUGCUUUGACGUCAAGAUUGCACAUUUUUAGUUAGGACUCAGAAGAUAUUAUGCAGCUUCGGGCAUUUUCAACUGCAGGUCACCUGCGGUUCUCUUGACUAAAUUGCACUGUGUGUUCUUGUGUAUCAGCUCUCACCUCUAAAACGAGCUAGAUCAUCAGAGUAGCCAUGAUGCUUCUGUCGCCGACUCCUGGCUCUCUGGUGGCAGUAUUUCUGUCGUGUGACCACCAUUUACUUCCUAAGCCAUCCGCUUGCAAUGGCAUUUUGGUUGCCACCAAAAAAUAACACAAUGGGUUCUGAGUCUGUGUUGUUGGAAGCUGGGUACAUCAUUUCCUUCAGCUGUUUUAUGCGCGCACGCAUGUUUCUUGUUAAAGAGUUAAGCAUUCAGCCAUGAACUAACAAUUGGCCAGAAACACCCUAAAUUGCCUUUACCAAGAAAAAAGGGGGGAGCAGGAAGUGAUACCCAGACUUUCAACUUUUCAAUCAGUGAGUAACAAACAGCACUCAACAUGCAUAUGUGGCCUCUCCUCAGUAUUAUUUAAUGUCAUAACUACUGCUUUUGUAAUUUGUAAUGAUGUUUGGAUGAAACCACUUGGACACCUGACAAGACUGGGCAGCUGAGAACAAGGAGAAUAAAGUUCCGUUCUACUGUAAGAUUUGAUUUAUGUUCAUCUUUCCUUAUAGACUGUUAAAGGGAAAGUGGUUUGGAAAGCAUUUGAGUCUGGUAAGUAUACAUAGCCCGGUACCUGAACCUUUUAAUUUGUACAUUUUGCCGUCUGGUCCUUUGCAUGGGAGACAUGGUAGUGCCACAUCUGAUUUGUUCUCUGGCGCUUGAUUCGUGUGUGCUGUUCCCAAUGGCAUCCUUUACUUUUCGGUUUUCAGAGGCAUUCGAAGCAAACUAUACCGUCAGUGGCCCAUUGUUUUCUGACCAUCUAAAACUUACCUGUGAUUAAACUUACCUUGUUAGUGUAAAUAAACCUCUUGCCAAUGAUUAUUAUUAUUGUUAGAGAAUGAAUGCAAUAAAAGGAAAUUCAGAGGUC